CUCUACUCAGUCUGUGCCGCCGUCAAUCCAUGAGGCACUGAAUGUCGACGUCUACAUGUUUGCCCGUGUGACCAGACCGGCCCACGUCUGUUUAAGAUGCCAAUUACGCCUUCAGACUGAGACCCUGAGAUUGUCUUCCCUACGUUCGCCUCCGUCAGUUUCAAGACUCCAAAGUACCGCAGCCGCGAAACAGGACGACGAAAAAGAUGAACCUCGAUCACUGCACGACCGACAAUGGCACACAGGCCGGACAGCCUCUCUCGGCGUCACCUCGCUGGGUAAACCAGCCGAGGUCAUCAUUCUCCCCGCCGUUGAUCGAAAGAUCCCAACUCUACCGAAAGAUCAAGAGAAGGACGAUAAUGCAGGCAGCCUUCAGGCCCACAUCGACUCGGAAAACGAACCCUUGAUUUCGGAGCAACUCAUCGAGAACAUUGACCAGGUUGCUCCCAAAUUUGACCCCCGAGAAAGAAAUCUGACUGUCGAAGAAUACACCCAGUUGCGCCGCACUUUGACAGUCGGCUUUACCGUCCAUCAACUCCGCUACUAUGUCAAGUACAAGACAUCCUCCAGGAUUUCAAAGGCGCAGGAAAAUCGCAUUGAGACUAUCAAUCUUAUCAUCAAGGGAAUUUGGGGUCACCUCUUGCCCGUGCGAGACGCCGACUCUGAUAGAGAGAUUGACAGAUCUUUGCAGAAGAUCAGUUAUCGCCUUCACAAGCUCAAAUACCAGUAUAUCCUCGCCAACAAAAACCCUUAUUUCAAGGAUGUCUUGGACACUUUGGCUAGGACUUUCGAUGUCAAGAUUGACCUUUAUCGGAAAGACCGUAUCGUGACGAUCUCUGGCAGCGCCUACGACUGCAAUGCCUGUUUAAAAUCAUUGGCAAAAUACGUUAGCGACGUUACGAUCACCCACAUCUCCGCCGUCCGCGAUCUUGCUGUGUUGAGUAACCCUGCAUAUCGGACCGCUACCAAGAGCUUCCUAGAAGGUCUCGGCCGCAAAUACCAACUCACCAUAUACAAGAACCUCUCUGCAAUCAAGAUUUACCACUACAAAAAUCUCGCCAAUGUCGCACAGGCCGUCAGGGAAAUCAGAAAUGCCGGCGAGCCAAGGAGGUUCCCUCAUCAGAUACAUGUGUGGCCUCAGAACCUCCAAGAGCAAUCACUGCUUCAGCCUCACGCAGUUCCCGUCGAGGCCAACUUUGCCAUUGCGCAGGGAGCUUGGGGGCGAUUAACAUCCACUGUCCCUGGAGCUCAACUACUAGACUCAAGCGAGGAGGAGAAAGUGUCCGAAGAACUCAAAGUCCUAGAGCAAAGUCUGGACGAAUUUUUCUACGCCAACGAACUCUUGAGGCCGGUGACAUCUCGAAUGGACAUGCAUUACGACAUGUCGGCUCAUUUUGGAAAAGUCUUGUUUCGGACCUCACAGACUUUCACCGACAUGUCAGGCGCUCAAGUUCCAGACCAGCAUCUGAAACACCAGAAAGCUCUAUCAGCCCCAAGUCGCGCUUCAGAGAGUGAUGACAAUGCCACUUUAAGCACCACCUCCGAAGAAAACGAAGUUGCCUCGUCGAAUGAUCAGCAGGCAGCUCUAGAUUCGACCGAGUCAAUGUCACAGACACAGACCGAGGACUCCUCUCAGUCAACCAAUGAGUCGACCUCGACACCCCUUCUCAGUAAUCCCACGUUCACUGGCCAGAUCGGAUAUGCUGCACAGCAAAUUGUGACGUUGGAUCACUGGAAAGAUGCCUCGUCCAUGAUCUCUGCUGGCAGCCCCUCAGGUUCUCAGGUACUGUUCCGAAUCAUUCUCCGUCCACCGGACCUUCAAAAAGGCAUGGCCCCAACUCUAGAAAUUCUAGGAACGUGUGAAGAUUGGGGCCGAGGUGAGAUCGAGAUCACUCGCAUCACUGCAAUUCAUGCAGAGAGAAGCUUCUUUCUGCUACUCCCAGACCAGAAUGUGGACGUCAAGCUCGUGCGGCAGAUGAAGCACGACAUCUAUUUCAAGGGAGUUGAAGUCAAACAAGCUUAUGAAGGAGUGGUUGACAUGCUGAAAGCCAAUAUUUCCAAGACUAUGAAUCUGAGAGCGCUGGAAUCAUUGUUUGUGCCAAUACUCGAGAUUCCGAUGCCAUCGGUACUACGAACCAUGGUUUCCAAGAUGAAUGCGGCUAUAGCCGCAGGGAAGGCGUUCAGUUAUGGCAGGCGCAGGGAAUUUGGCGACCACAAACUACUCAAGAUUGAAUACACUCAGAAGAGUGUGGAGAUCUUGGAUGUGGAUCUUCGAACUAUGCCUGUGAGUACGCCUGGCAUGAAAGAUGUGCCAAUGGCACUGGAGUAUAUGACACACAGCGGCUCCAGGACUGUUUCUCACGAUUUACGACUCUCCGAGCAACCGUUCCAUGCCCGCAAUUUCAAGACUCAGUUGACCUUGGGUGGUUUUGCCCAUGCGGCCAUACAAGUCGCGCGGCAACUAGGUCAUCACCCCAGCUCCAAGCAGUUUGGCAGUUUGGAAUUCCCACCGUUCCCAGAAAGCUGCCGUGCUCCGCCCUCUACAGCCGCUGUCGAGGAUGUUAUCAUCAACGACCACAGGAAAGAAGCGCGUGAACGAGCGAAAGCUCGGAAAGCCUCUAUCAGAGCAGAAAUUGCUGCAAAAGCAGCUGCAAGCGCUGAGGCAGAAGGCGAAAAGGCAGACGCCGAAGGUACCCCUCAGGAACCACAACCAUCUCCCCAGGCAGAAGACUCGACGUCGGGAGAAACUCUCAAGAAGAAGAGAUCGACCAAGACGAAGGGACCGACCAAGAAAAAGCCCCCCGUGAAAAUAAAGACGAAGAAAGAGAAGAGAGCUUCAACCAAGAAAAAGAAAGCGAAAGCGAAAGCGAAAGAAGCCAAGAAGGCUUAGGUCUCCAGCAGGCACCAGACGCCGACGUUGAGCCCACAGAAGUUGGUACAAGUCUGUGACAUGAGGAAUCCUCUUCACUCAAGCACCAGGAUGCCCUUUUCAAUCUCUAGAGAUUGGUCCUAGGAAUGUAACAUAACCAUACUAAUGAUUGUCCUGGAAUACUAUAUGUAUUAUAAAGCAUUACUGCCAACAUUCAAAGGGGCAAUGUGCACUACUACGUGGGUUUGAUCUUUGUAUUAACUAGAUACCCACAGCACGCGGAGAGGGAUGGGAUCCAAAUGACCCAAAUCACAAUCUUCUCUUUAUCUUCUAGAGGCUAACAUGUA